UAAACAUACCGCCUGUGAACUACGUCAUCAAUUUGUGUGUUCUUCUACCCAGAAUGCAAUUUUCCCAAUGUCGAUAGAAUCUCUCUCAGACCUCAGUUUAAAUCCAACCACAUCUGCAUUCUGAUCGUUUUAAUAAAGACUAAAACUAGAUUUAAUCAUAUUUGAAGCAUUCGACUUCUGAAUAAAGCCAAAAUAGAUUGUAAAACUAUUAGAACAUAGCCAGAUUGCAGCAACAAAAUCUUGAUAUAUUGAUGAGAAAAAACUGGAUGUGGACGUUGCAUCGAAAAUAUUUUUGUGGAUUAUUACGUUUAUGCUGAGAGAUACACGUUGGAUUUACGUUCAUACAUGGAUUACAGAGUGAGGAACACUAUGACGGGAUUAUUGGAGUAAGAUACUCCUUGGAAUGGAUGAUAAUAGCACAUAAAAUCUGUGAAAAUUAGCAUAAAAUUUAGGUCAAAGUUGAAGGUCAGAUAGUGCACCAUCUAUUGUCAAUGGAAUACAUCAGUAACAUGUGGUGAUAACAGUAAUAACUAUAAUAUGUGCAAUAUUCCAAUAACUAUGAAAACUCCACUAUAAAAAAUAUAAUAUGUGUAUUUGGCAUAUGUGAUCAUGCCACGGGAUCGAUACUUUAGGGAGGAUCCCUACGAUGAGUGGGAUGCCAGAUCGUAUUCCCAGGGUGACAGUCGAGAUUCUGGAAGGGCAGAGCGAAGUGGUGGUUAUGAUCCUCGGGAAGAUCCUCGAUAUAACCGUUCAAGGGAUUAUAGAUUAUUAUCAGACAAAGAAAGAGCUCAGUUAGAAGAAGAGGAUCGGUUAGAAGCUCUCGCCAGAGAACAUAGACAAAAAAAGGCAGUUAAAAAAUUACACAAAAAGAAACGAUCAAGAGAUUAUGAAAAAGUCCCACGGGAACCUUUACCUGAUAAUCCUGUUCAUGCCAGAGAAUCAAGUUCAAAAGGAUUGAAAGCAGUUGGAGAAUAUGGCGAAAUAUCGUCAGAAUCAAUGGAAGAAUAUAACACUCCCCCACCCUCCCGGCACUCCCCUCCUCCAUCAAGGCACUCCCCUCCCCCAAGGACAGGCCGCAGUAGGGUGACUCCACCCCCUGAGAGACCUAAAACAAGAGAUUUAUCACCUUCUACUGCUCUAAAGAUGUAUAAAAAACUUUCGAAAAAAGAACAGUCAGAUUCCCCUGCUAUUUCUGAUAUAACUGAUGAAUCAUCUGGAAGGCGGAAAAAGAAAAAGAAAAAAGACAAACGAAGACAUAGGCAUAGAUCUAAAUCACCAGUGAAAGAACUGUCUCCAUCUCCAGAAAUUGAAACUAUAGAUGAACAAAAUGAAAGCCCUGAAGCAAUUAUAGUUGAGCCUGAUCCGGCACCCUCGGGUAUAACUAAGGGCUAUCCACCCAAAGCUUAUGCUUCACCACCUAAAGCUUAUAGAGGUGGGGGAGAGGAUUAUAGACCUAGUCCUAAGAAAAGUAGACAUAGAUCACCAAGUAGGCGAAAAAAGAGGGCGUCGCGCUCUUCAAGUAGAGAUAGGUAUGGUAGACAUAGAUCAAAAAGAUCACGCAGUAGAAGUCCAUAUUCAAGAACAAGAUUAAAGAGAUCAAGAUCUCGAUCCUUAUCCAGAAAAAGAUCUCGUUCUGUGUCCCCUCCACAUUCGGGGCAAGGUUACAACUCAAAAACAAUUAACCACACUACAGUAAAAUAUGCCAGUAGUUUGGCAGCUGAACUUAGCAAACAUAAAAAGGCUAGAGAGAAACUUGGGCUAGGUCAAAGUAGUAGUAGUAGUGGCCAAACAAUUAAAAAAGGUCCUAGCACACCGCCAGAGGCUGACAUCAAACCAAGUGACAUUGCUCAAAGUGAUAGAACAACAACAACCAGGGUGGUAACUAAAGUAUCACCAAGUUCAGAUAGAGAUAGAAGUUUAUCAAUUACCCCGCCACCAUCCAAGGUAGCCCCAUCUGCAGUACAGCCUUCUCCACAUAGGCCACAGGAGCCCCCACCCCAGAGGUCUCAGGAACCAGCUCCAUCCAAACCAACCUUGUCCCAGCUUCCAUUUCCACCAAGCUUACCUCCAGAAGAAUCAGAGAGCCCAUACAGAGAUCAGCAGUAUUCAGCGAGACCUAGGUCACCACCAAAGCGAACACUCCCUCCUAGUGGCCAAUUCAGAAAGAUUGGAGACCUACCUCUCCCCGCUGUAAUAGACGAGCCUGACCACUAUGAAUCACCAGUCCAUAGGGAACCUACUCCUGAGCCCCCUACGCCUCAACAUACAAUACAGGCCAAACGAAGGGCUAAACGGCGUAUGUCUGCUGUGAAGAUGUAUGAGAGGGCAGGUGUUGACUGGGGAGAGCGCUGUGUUGAAGUGUUCCAGAUCAUUUCUCAGAUAGGCGAAGGAACCUAUGGACAAGUCUACAAGGCCAGGGACAAAGAUACACAGGAUAUGGUUGCUCUGAAGAAAGUGCGUUUGGAGAAUGAGAAGGAAGGAUUCCCCAUCACAGCUGUUCGAGAGAUCAAGAUUCUCCGCCAAUUGAACCACACUAACAUUGUAAACCUUAAGGAGAUUGUCACAGACAAACAAGAAGCUGCUGAUUUCAAAAAUGAUAAAGGUGCUUUCUAUCUGGUCUUUGAGUAUAUGGACCAUGACUUAAUGGGUCUGCUUGAGUCUGGGUUUGUUCACUUUGAUGAGGAAAAUAUUGCAUCCAUCAUGAGGCAGCUCCUCCUUGGACUCAACUUCUGCCAUAAGAAACACUUCCUCCAUCGUGAUAUCAAGUGCUCCAAUAUACUCAUGGACAAUAGAGGGCGAGUGAAGCUUGCCGAUUUUGGAUUGGCUCGGUUGUAUGAGAAAGAAGAGGAGCGACCCUACACGAACAAGGUGAUCACAUUAUGGUACAGACCCCCAGAGCUGCUUUUGGGAGAGGAGAAAUAUGGACCAGCCAUAGAUGUAUGGAGCUGUGGAUGCAUUCUGGGAGAACUGUUCACAAAGAAGCCAAUAUUCCAGGCCAAUCAGGAAAUGGCACAGUUAGAAUUGAUAAGCCGUACUUGUGGGACACCAUGUCCUGCUGUGUGGCCUGAUAUCAUCAACCUGCCCUUGUUCAAUACUGUCAAGCCCAAGAAGCAAUAUAGGAGGCGGCUUCGAGAAGAGUUCUCAUUCAUCCCAAAGAAUCCACUAGAUUUGAUGGAUAAGAUGUUGGACCUGGACCCUGCCAAACGCUGUUCUUGUGACGAAGCCCUGGUCAGCCCUUGGUUGAAGAAUGUACCUGAUGAUAUACCACCUCCAGAUUUGCCCCUAGACCAAGACUGUCACGAACUGUGGAGCAAGAAAAGAAAACGUAGCAUGCGGGAGGCAUUAAAGGAUGCAGAAGCAAACAGACCAGGUUCAGGGAGUAGACAUGACACUUUACCAACAGCUAGAAAUACUAGUGUAAUGGACAGUAAAGGUAAUAUGUAUAAGAAAAUUGUGCCAGAUAACAAUAAACCCGAACAGGGUAAAGAUAUAGGUCGUAAAAAUGGCGCUGAGGGUGAUGGGAAGGAACCUUCAGUAAAUCCAUUCCGAGAUGUUAGGCCAGCCCCAAAGGCAUCUAGUAGCGAGGCUGCUGUGGGAGGGGGCUCUGUACAACCUAGCCCCACUGUGCCUCAGGCACAAGGUCAGGAUACAUUAACAAGUAUAGCAACACUUCUGUUAUCAAAUAAACCUGCAUUGAAUGUACCUAACCUUGCCAAUGUACUAAAGAUGCCAGUUGAUGAUGUAACAGCUCCACAUUUAGAGGCUCUUAGUGCUCAAAUUGUUAUAGCACAUAAACGCGGUGACUCUAGCCAGGAAAACACACCUCAGAGUGGCUCUCGUGAUGAUGAUCCUCUCAAAGGUAUUAGAACUGCAUUGGCGACUGUCCUAGCACUACAGGGUCAUUCCGUUAAGAAACAAGUUCCCUCAGGGCAUGAUGCUCUAGCCCCACAUCCUAAUGCCCCUAGGGAGCCACCCCAAGACAGACCUAACAGCCACACUAGGCAUGGUCCUGCUCCAGGGUCACAGCCACCUAGAAGGCAGGAGAGCUACUCGUCACAAAUGUCCAUAUCUCCUAGUGAUGAUUCAAAUGGUUAUCCAAAUGACUAUCCCAAUCGUAGACCCAGUUUUGAUGGGCAAGGUAGAGAUCGCAGCUUCCAGCAAGGUGGACCACAUGGAGACGCUCUCAGCGGAGGUCCCAGGCAUCGAAUACCUAGCCUCAUGAACAAUGAACCCCAGGGAGGGGAGGUCGCGGGAACUGGAAUUGACACAUGCACAAUGGGAAAUCAAGAGACACUUGAAUACAGAAUUGCAAACUUGUGA